AUGUCACCAUUCACCACACCUCCCUUCAAGGGAGUUCCAAAGGAUUUACCUUCAGUCCCCAUCCCGGUCGGAACUCGUCCUUACAGGUCUCACAAAAUUCGUGCUUGUGAUCUGUGCCGCAGAAGGAAAUCCCGCUGUACAGUUGAUCUGCCGGGCCAAUCAUGUCAGCUUUGCCGUCUUCAGGGGGCGGAUUGUCACUAUCGUGAAGACCUGUCAAGACUUAUUGGACCUCAUCCUUAUGACCAGAGAGCGGGAGAUAGUAAUCACUUGCUCAGCGAAUCUCAGAUUUCGCAGAAGCGAAAGCACACACUGUUGUCUCCAAACUUGCCAGGAGCAGCCACAUCGGCUCCCCUGGCAACAAGGAUCCCAGAGUCUCUUCCGCGAAGUUGCAGUCAGGAUGGUCAUAUCUCUCCACGAGGGUUUGGAGAACCACUCGGCGAAUCGGUCCAUAUUGUCGGGCCUGUUGCCGCUGAGGAUGCUCAAGUCAUUGAGCGGUUUAUGCCCUCGGAAAAUUCGGCAAAAGGUUCAGAUGCCAAGGCUCCCUACAAUGUUUAUUCCAAUGAUCCAAAGAAGCCAAUUCUCUAUACUACGAUCUCACGACGUAGGCAGGGCCUGAGGACCACCGGAAUUCCAGGUGAAAGCCAGAAGGAGAUCCUCGAACAAAUCCUUGGUCCAUUCAAACAUGAUUUGGUCAAAAUCUUUCUGGACAGAAUCAACGCUUCGUUCCUGAUAUUUGAUGAAGUUGCCUUCGAGGAAUCCUACAAUUCGAACAAUGGGAGCCUCCCUCCAGCUUUGAUGUGCCAGGUAUACGCGCAGAGCCUUAUAUACUGGGGCCAGUCCCAUAUUCUAGCCCCUCAUCCUAAACCGGAUGUUCGAUACGCAGUUAAUCUUGCAGUCGCCGCAUUGCAUGAGGAGUUUUCAGCGCCCGGUUUAUCGACUUUGAGUGCUUCCCUAAUAGACCUGACAGGCCGGCCAAUUUUCUCCAUGACUGGAAAUGCAAUUAACAGCGGCCGCACGGUUGCCCUUUCUCACACGCUUGGCCUCAAUCGUGACCCCAGCAGUUGGAAGCUCUCUCGUGCGGAAAAACACCAGCGUAUCCGCCUGUGGUGGGGUGUAGUUGUUCAUGAUCGGUGGGCAAGCUACGGACAUGGCGUACCUCCACAAAUCAAUAGGAACCAAUACGACGUACCACUUCCGACGAUCCAUGUUCUCGUCCCCCAAGCAAAUCCGUCUCCGAAGAGGAUAAGAAUGGCAGAAUGCUACAUCGCUCUGUGUCAGCUUACCGAGAUUCUUGGCGAUCUACUCCCGCUAAUAUACGAAUUACAGCUUAAAUCGCAACAUGAGAUCUCCAAAACCCUUCGAAGAUUGAGGGCAGAUAUAGGGACUUGGGAAGAUUCACUUCCAGAAUGGCUGAAAGCCUCGCCUGCAAGCUUGCCAGCUCCCGUGUCGGGAUCCAGCAGUUUGUUUCUGGCUUAUUUUACUUUGAAAAUGCUUAUUUGCCGUGUUGAAUUACAGGAAAUUAAUAAUUCCGAUAAUCCAUCCAACACUGAAGGGCGCCAGUAUUUCCAGACUGAAUGUAGGAAAGCUGCAGAAGAGGUGGUACAGUUUAUGAUCUCCUUGAAGAGGCCUAAUUUUGAUGAAUUUUGGCUGCCGUACAGCGCUUAUCACCUUACGUCGACCGCUACACUUCUAGUACGAUGUGCUCUUGAGACGUCUGACCCAGAAAUAGCCCGAUCUUGCUUGUCUAGUGUAGAUGUACUUCGUGACGCCCUCUACCGGGCCCGAGUAGAAUAUGACUGGGAUCUUGCUGACAUGUGUCUCGAUCAUUGCGAGCGGAUCUUGGCCAAGCAACCCGGUAUCAUUUCCGAUGAUGCUCCUGGUGCUGAGCAAACCGCCCAAACACCUGAUCUUGCCCCUCUACCACUCCCGGAAACCUUGACUCAGAAUGAUAUUGUCAAUGAUAUGAUGUCAAUAUCCGGUACGUUCGGUACGAUGGAUGGCUUUCCGUUUGACAUGACAGGAAUUUGGGACCUUUCGGGAUGGCAAGAUGAACUCGGGUGA